GUAUAGUCAUUGGUUGGUUCCCUUCUAACCGCUCGUAAAAAGUUGACUUAACGUUGCCAAUAUACUAAAGAAUCUGGGAUAUUGUUAUUCUUGUCAUUUUUUGUAAUAGUGUGACUUGUCAAAAUUGUCAGUGUAUAAUACCGUCCGCAAAACUUUUCGCUUGUUUUCAUACAGACGGAAUGGAGAUUACUUGUACGUACUGAAACACGUUUCAAAUAAUUCGGUUUUUGCACAUGUGCAGACUGCGAACCUAACUUCCUGUUAGAACACGCACGUUUCCAAGGAAAACGACCGCGAGUGUAAUUUCACGUCUCAAGUUUGCUUUGUGUAGUGCUGUGUGUGGUGUGUAAACACAAAACCAUACGAUGGCAGAUGUUGCAACCAAGAAGGUUCAAGAGUACAAAGAUUCCCUGAAGUCAAAGGCUGAAGAACUGAUAUUGAAGGGUUUUCCACAGAAGAUUGUUGAACUUAAUGAACUCUUGGAGACACCUCCAUUCGCCCGUGAACUGAACACUGUUCAUCAGUCUUUGAAUAUACCAGUCCCAGAUCCAAUUGUUCUGAACAGCACAGCUCAUCAUGAAGCAGAUCCUCCACCUCCUAAGAAAUGGAAGAAUGAUGCUGGGAAAGAAGAGAAAGUUGGUGGCACAAAAGUGAUGGUGUUACCUACAGGGUUGGUACCCUGUAACAAAUACCUCUGUGAACUUGUGCAUGUUGUCAAGCCACACAUUCGACAACUGGUUGAAGAUGCAAAUCUUUUGAAGAUGUGGAUCUCUUUCAUGAUACCGAAAAUUGAAGAUGGAAACAAUUUUGGAGUUUCUAUUCAAGAAGACACAUUAGCAGAAAUACAGUCAGUUGAAUCUGAAGCUGCAGCCUUCUUUGAUCAGAUAUCCCGGUACUUUGUUUCAAGAGGAAAAAUUGUGUCUAAGGUUGCAAAAUACCCGCAUAUUGAAGACUAUCGUAGGGCUGUUGAGGAACUGGAUGAGAAAGAGUAUCUGAGUCUGUGGUUGGUGAUGUGUGAGGUGCGCAAUCGUUAUUGCACACUCCAUGACAUUGUUAUAAAAAAUUUGGAGAAGAUAAAGAAGCCCCGUACAGAAAAUUCAGAAACAUUGUACUGAAGGAGUGUUCCAUUUUGGGCUGUUCUUUUGUUGACGGCAAAGAUCUUGAAAAUAGAUCCAGAAUUGUCACAUAUUUAAAGUGAAUACAGUGCAUUGGAGUUUAUACAGUAUUGAGCAGUGAAUAAAAAUGUCAACCUUUUCAUUCCCAGUUGUCAUACAACUUUAGUUUAGAUUGCAUUCAACGUCCUGUGCAAGGGAUAUUCAUCAUUUGUAUGUGCAGUGCAUUUUCAGAAUAAUUUAGUUUAUAUAGUUUGUACUUCCUAUGUUACAGCAUUGCAAAAGAGAGACAUUAUUUAAACUUUUUACCAGUAUGUUAAUUUUUAGUGCUGUAACACUUGGAAGCAAAAACAUUGGUUUAGAUAAUUUAUUGGGUAUGCUUUGGACUGUAAGAAGGCAGUGGGAAAAACAGAGUAAUGGAAAUUUAUAAAACUUUUUAUGCAGCUGACGUAUGUAUGGCCUAGCACAUAUUUCUUUCUUCAGACAUUGAAGGUUUACUUAUGAUGAUGAUAAAAGAACAGAGUGAGAAAUGUGAAAAGUGGAUAUAUGUGUGUUAUAGUGGUGGGAAUGGAAUGGCUGACUUAAUACUCAUUGCUGUGAGGAAUUAUGUUAUGUUGAACAAUGUGAAGACAGAUCUUAAUAUUUUUGUCUCAAGUGCUGGUGUUAAAUAUUUGAUUUAUUUUUCUCUUGCAAUGUGUGAGUGCAUCUGGAAAUUUGUUGAGGUCAUUUUCUGCUAGAUAACUUAAAUAUGUAACUCCAGUUUCUUUUCUGUUGCUGCAUGGCCGUCAGUGGUCAUUUUCAUUUUAUAACACUACUUUACAAUCAGUUUCAUUGUGGUACAUCAUUUUAGUUCUUUACAGCGAUCUGUAUGGUAUACAAUUGAUUGUAUUAUACUAUUUAAGAACAGACUUUUAUACCGUUCUUCUGUGAGGAUUUCUUUGUACCAAAAGAGCUUGUUUGUCCAAUAUGUUGCUUUGUGGGAUGUAACUCAGUGAGGUCGUAGAAAUUUCAAAAUAAAGCAUCCAUGUUUAAAUGUAUUUUGAAAUUGUAAAAAACUUAUCCUGUUGGUUGUGUGUGGUAUCCAUUUUUAGAAUUCUGUGAUUAUAAUCUUGAACGCCGUAACAUGAAUUUUGCAAAAGUCGUCACUUGUGCUGACAUUUUUUCCUCGUGUAGGUGCAUGUAAAAAUGUUAAAGAUGUAUUUUGUGUGAUCUGUGACUUUGAUAAUGGUCUCCGAGGAAUAAAAAUUGUAAUGUAUAAUCUUAA